GGGUGUCUGGCACUGAGGUUCAGCGGGUGGCUCUGCCUGAGUCAAGGAUGGCUGUCUCUGCGCUCCAGCUGCGGCGUGCCGGAGGGCUGCUACGAAGAAACUUCCCAAUGUGCUUGUCUUCUUGGAAAGAUCCUCCUCGUGUUCUAAAGUCCUCGCAGCCAGAAGCUGUACUCAGUAUGGCAAAUAAUGCACUGGCCCUUGCACCUCUCCAGACAUUGACUGAGGAGGAAAUGAUGAUGAAGGAAGCAGUUAAAAAAUUUGCACAGGAACAAAUUGCUCCCUUGGUUGCAACUAUGGAUGAAAAUUCAAAAAUGGAGAAAUCAGUGAUACAAGGAUUAUUUCAACAAGGGCUGAUGGGCAUUGGCAUUGAUGCAAAAUAUGGAGGAACAGGUGCUUCCUUCUUCUGCUCUAUCAUAGUGAUAGAGGAGCUAGCCAAAGUGGAUGCAUCUGUGGCUCUCGUGUGUGACAUCCAGAACACAGUAGUUAACAACCUGUUUGGAAAACUCGGUACAGAAGAACAGAAGGCUACCUAUUUGCCUAAGCUGGCUACAGAAAAAUUAGGGAGCUUCUGCCUUUCUGAAGCUGGAGCUGGUAGCGAUUCUUUUGCUUUGAAAACAAGAGCUGAUAAAAAUGGAAAUGAUUACAUCAUCAAUGGGUCGAAGAUGUGGAUUAGCAAUGCUGAACAUGCAGAUAUCUUCCUGGUUUUUGCAAAUGUAGACCCCACCUCUGGAUACCGAGGCAUCACCUGCUUCUUAGUAGACCGAGAUACAGAAGGUUUUCAUAUAGCGAAAAAGGAAAAUAAGAUGGGCAUAAGAGCUUCUUCCACCUGCCAGUUAACAUUUGAGAAUGUCAAGGUUCCAGAGACCAGUGUUUUGGGGAAAGUUGGACAUGGUUAUAAGUAUGCCAUAGGAAGUCUUAAUGAAGGCAGAAUAGGGAUUGCUGCCCAGAUGCUAGGACUGGCCCAAGGAUGUUUUGACUACACCAUUCCAUACAUUAAAGAAAGGAUACAGUUUGGCAAACGAAUAUUCGAUUUUCAGGGGCUCCAACACCAAGUGGCUCAAGUGGCCACCCAACUGGAAGCCGCACGGUUACUAACGUACAACGCUGCUAGGCUUGUAGAAGCCGGAAGGCCAUUUAUUAAAGAAGCAUCUAUGGCCAAAUAUUAUGCAUCAGAGGUUGCUGGAUUGACGACGAGUAAGUGCAUUGAGUGGAUGGGAGGAGCCGGCUACAUCAAAGAUUACCCUGUGGAAAAAUUCUUCCGAGACGCAAAGAUUGGUACAAUAUAUGAAGGAACAUCCAACAUCCAGCUGAACACCAUUGCAAAGCACAUCGACGCAGAAUUCUGAUGCCUGUGGGGUCGGGCCCCUGUCUGGUGACACAGGCAUACCACUUCCAACUGUAGUGCCUUGUUAAGUGGGGCCUGCAGAGCAUUGCAGUGUUCUGUUUGAAGCCCCUUGUCCUUUUCUCUGUCCAGUCUACUCUAAAACUCUUUUGAAGCUUCUGUACACAUUUAUAUUUCUUAUCCUAGUUUCUGAGUAUACACAAGUUUCACUGUGCCAGCAUCCCGGAAGAUGAAAACAUUUGAAGGAACGGUACUGCUGACGGAAAUAGUCACUUUAUAUUCCUACUAAAUCUUUGUACUGCAGUUUGAAUCAGAGGAACGUUUGUUACAGUCGGCAAUUUUUAUUCAAUACUUUAUAGAUUCAGUGUUAAGUUGCUAAACAAGGUAGAAACUGAUAAAAUUUAUUUGGAAAAUCGAGGACUCCUAGUCCUAAUAUCAAAGAAAUAGUAGAAAAUACAGAUGUAACUUAUAGGCCAUAUAAUUGGUAACAACAAAAGCCUAAAAUAUUAUUUUUACCACCAAAUGUUUGGCUGCUAUAAUUGACCUGUAUGAAAGAUGCAUUACAUGAUAGCUUUAGCAGGACAUUUAAAAACAUGUCCCUGUAUUAGUUUUCAACUAUAAAGUUUAAAUAAUGUGGCUUAAUCAUCUGAAAAUAUUCAGUUAUAAUAUUCAUUAGAUCAUGCACUAUUUUUUAGUACUGCACUUUAAUUAUUUUUCAAAUUUUCAAAUUUGGUUAUUGGACUUUAUCCUAAAUAGUAAUUAAUUGAGAAAUUUGAUUUUUGUUUUAGUAAUUCUCAAGAGAAAUAUUUUAUCCCUAUAAGGAAAUAAUAUCACAAUUUCAUAAGGAAUGGAGAACAGGAGACUAGUCUGAAAAGGUAUAUCUAUUAUAGAUAUAUGUAAUCAUUUAUAUAGUAUAUUAAAUAAUUUUUAUUGUGAAGACAUCUAUGUUUUACAAUGCAAAUGGCAAACAGGCAAAAUCUAGUCAGAUAUCCAGCUGGUGAAACCACUGAUCAGUAUUAGGACUUUUUUUAGUCAGGAGAGGACCACCUCCAGUUGCAGAGCCUGAGUCCUCUGGAGAGAGAAGUGGACAGUAGACAAAUAAGUUUCACAUUUCCUGAGGAAACACCACAUUAGACAUGAAAAAAUGCCCCAAGGCUCAUGCAGUUGCUGAAAAUGUAUCAUUGCUGCUAAAUAGAAAGUAUUUUAGUGCUUAAUAGAAAGUAUUUUAGUGCUUUUGCACAAGGAUAAUGUUUAUUAAGAAAACUUGAUGUUUUCUAAGUAAUUUUGCUUUGCAGUCAUGUUCAUUGAGCUGAAUUAAUUUCCACAAUGCAAAUUAUAGUUAAAUAUGCGAGGUUGGGUAAAUACAAUUGAGAUAGGAAUUACAUUAAAACAGUAGAAAGAAACAGGACAAAUUUAGACCUUGAAUCCAAAGAGAUAAAGUCUACUUGACUUUCAAAUGGGAAAAUGAUGAAAACCCCUCAGCCAGUGUUUCAGAACAUAAAGACAGAUGGGUCUGAUAAGAGAAGCAAGGGGUGGAUCCAGUGCCCUAACGGAGCUCAGACAACUUUAAUUUCUGUGAUUGUGUGAAAGAGGUGUGGACUUACAGACAAUACAGCCGGAGUCAGUAUGAGGGAACAGAGUCCUACCUUCUCUAGAAUGAGAAACACAUGCAAGUGUGAUAAAUGCCGUGUUCUAACUCACUGCACCGGAGACACUCACUCUAUACAUACAUGGACUUUAAAUGUGUCCACAGAGUUCUAAUUCUGUUUAUAUGCUUUGCGUAUUUCACAAAGAGUAGUUAAUAUGAAUUAAUUAUUAACAUAAUUACCAAUCGAGCUUGUCUUCUUCUGUGAGCCCUUGUAUCGUUUCACCAAAGAGGAUGUUUUGGGGUCUACUCAUAUUUCUUCCAUUAUGUUUAUUUUUUCUGGUUUCUGUGACUUUGUAAUCUGUUAUAAAACUAUGUGCUUUGAAUUUGUAUCUGGUUGGAACCUAAAGCUGUUUGUUAAUUUGUAGAAUGAGAGCACAUGGGGCACAGGAGCUGAAGAACUGACCUGUGUAUACAGGUGGGACUGGUUUGCACAGUUAGGGCUCUCACUUAAUCACCUGAGAAUCAGUUAAGGAAUCAAUGCCAAUGACUUGAUAAUGGUGGAACUUUAAACCUAGAAAGACCGCAGACAACCAUAAAGGUAGCUCUGUCAAUUUAAAAGUGAAGGACCCUUAAUCGAGGUUGCGUUCUGAGAUCAUCCAUCCAAGGACAAAGACAAGAAUUCAGAGAGACUGACUCAGAUGGAGUGUUCUUCCCCUUGCCAAACACAGUCGUUGUCCAGCAGACCUUGGAUUUUGUUGUUGAUUUAUCUCAAGUUAACUGAUAAAGGAUGAACAUUUCAGUGAUGUUGUGAUUGAUCAGUCACUUGCCAAAGUCUCUUGGCCUGAACGAUGAUGUCAGAUCGGAAGAUGGCUGUGUGAGAUGGUUAGGCAUCACUGUGAUACUGGUUUUUUGUUUUUUUGUUUGUUUGUUUGUUUGUUUGUUUUGUUUUGUUUUUAAGAAAUACCCUACAGGGUAUUUAUGCUGAUCUACCAUAAAAUGAAAGCUCCAUUUUAACGGUAUGUAUCAGAUUAUGUUCGUUGUUACAAAAUCAGUGUUCUAUGGGGCAAUGAAAAGAUAAAGCACUAAAUUAAGUGGAGAUUCUUGCUGCUAAAAUAAAGUGCCAUUGUCACACACACA